CCUCUCUGCACCAUCAACCCCCUACAUACAUUUACACCUACAACAACGUCAGCCAAGGCAGGGAAAAGAAUACCCAGACUUUCUUUUUACCCGCAAAUUCAUACCUCUCACUCUCUCUCUUCUGUCUUCAGUCAGCACAUACACACCUCAUGUCACACUCCUACACGAUGGAGUCAGAAUCACUCCAUCCCGAGUCCGCUCCAAUGACUCCCUUACCCGCCCUUGCUCCACCCUCCUCAUCCUCGCCACAUUCAGCUACCGCAGUGCCGGCCCCAGUGCCGCUGCAUCCCCAGCCUGUCCCAAGAGUCAAGUCAACCAAGCCUCAUGUACCGAGUGCCUGCAUCAACUGCAAAAAAGCACACCUUGCCUGCGACUUGUCAAGACCCUGCAAGAGGUGCAUCUCCGUAGGGAAGGACGACACUUGUCGCGAUGUUGAGCAUAAAAAGAGGGGUCGUCCAAAGCUCGUCGACAAGCUCGUUGCAGUAGAUGGCGUCUGGAGCACAGCGGCCAAGGAUGGCUCCGUAGCCGCCUCCAAAGCUGUUUCUUCUACUACUACCGCCGCCGCAUUAGCCAAGACGCGUGUCAAGGGCAAGUACACAAAGUCCACUAACUACAAGAUGCCAAGAAAGACUACCAAUGGUGCAAAGGCACCGACUGAGGCAUUUGCCGUGCCGCAAACGAACACGCCUUCUAGAGAUAUUGUCUUGGAUGCACCACAGGGCCGGCCAUCAUCAUACCCAUCACACCAUGAGCAGGAGCGGCCGUCGUCCUCUAUGUCCUACCGCACACAUCCUCCCUCAGCACAGUCUUACCAAGGUCGUCCCCUCUCCAUGCACUCGGAGCCACCGUUGCCUGGCGAUCAUCAGGAUCCCUUCUACUACCCAUCCCCCACUAGCCAGAUCAAACGACCACAGGAGUUGUAUUCCGGACCAAGCAGCACUCCUCUCGCGACAGUCUUUCUCACCAUGGGCCUGAUCUGUGCCAGAGUCUCGGACGAGUCCCAGGUGCUGUGGGGCUAUCAUCCUCAUGACAUCAGUAACAAGCCGCUCUACUCGAUCAUUGCCAACGAGGACCAAAGCAAGAUGAGGAACCUCAUGGGAUUGAUCAGGGAUGCCGUCUUUUCAGCAGCCUCUCCAAACGGACAGCAUCUCUCUCACUUCCCAUUUUUGGAGUCCACCUCAGCAGUAUUCUACCAGAACCGACCAGACAUCAUGUCUUCUAGUGCGCCAGGGUCGAACGAAUAUACGGACGUGAUUCGAGUGUGCCGUGCCGAUGGAGGCUCAGAGUUAUUCAGCGUGAGGAUGUAUGUCGGUGGCGGACUAGGAACGGACCUUGUUCGUGGUCUCAACAUCGAGCACGCAUACGUUGUCUGUAUCAUGGCUCACCACGCGCCUCCAGUGAUGAAUGACCACCCUCGAAACAACCAGCGGCUUUCCCUGGACGACUCACGGACGGCUUCACACAACAACGCCCAUGGCUCGAACCUUGCUGAAUCUCAAUACAAUACCAUGAGGCAGCCAUUAUCCCAACCGCAGCUCUCGCCAUUGGAGUCCCGUAAUGCUUGAAUGGCCGACCAUCUGUCAUGUUCGGUUCGUCCGCGCCCAGUGGAUCUAUGUCUAGCUCAUCCUCAUCUUCAUACACUGUGUC